AUGGAAACGCAUGAAAAAGCGGAGAAAUCGAUUGAUGAACGGGUCCAUCAACAGCUGGUUUAUAAGGAUAAUCGAAUUAUCGAUUUGAACAAUGAACGAGUCCGCGAGCACAAUGAAGUGGCGACGGUCAAAAAUCAGGCGAUGCGAAUCGUUCAGCAGAAAUUCGAAGAGAUGAAUCGAGACAAGAAGGAUAUGUCGACUGAAACUGAACCGAAUUUAUUCAAUUCGACGUCUUCUACGACGUCUUCUAAAAAUUCAGAACGUCGCGCGCGGAGCUCGUCUCCAGGACACGUUAUUGCAGCGAGAAGUGCGUUUUAG